AUGACCGAGAUGGCCACGCCUCCCGUCGAUGUGAUUGCAUAUGAUUACGCCCACGAACUCCGGAAGGUGUUUAGUCAGGUGUUUGGGGACGAAGAAUCUCGUUUUAACAACUUUUUGACUCUGGCAAUGAAUGCUGUACGAAGCUAUUCGCCGGCAAACACCUUGAGUUAUUGGGACUAUAAAUUAGAGUCAGUGUACGAAGAAGAUCUCAAUACUAAUAAUGUCGGUAACGUGUUCCAUCACAGAGACUUGACUAAUGCCAUGAAGGCCCUACGGGCGCAAAAUCUCCAUAAGGAAGUGUUCAAGCUUCACAAUAACUUUCCCGAGCUCCACCACGACGAACAGAUCGACGUCUUGUUGUACACUUGUGAAGACGCCAAGGAUUGGAUGAUGCUCCAGGACCAUUUCGAACGAAUGUAUGGGAAGGGUGAUCUUCCUCUUCCUAUCCACUAUGCCAUUGUCAUGAACGCAUUAGCUGGCAUUGGCGCCACGGCGGAUGUCGAACGGCUUUUCAGUCAACUUCUAAAGCGAAACUUGAUGCCCAAUUCGUACGUCUAUGCUGCGUUGAUCAAAUGUCGUUUGAACGACGAUCAAAUCGAUGAUGCCAUCAAAAUAGCAGAGUCGUAUUUUUCUUUGCUUGAUAAGGGGAAAGUGUCGGAUAAACCCACAACGUACCUCUACAAUUUGAUUUUAAAGGCACACACACGAUCUUCAGAUUUGGGGAAAGCCAUAAGCUUCUUGGAAAGAGUCGUGGUACAGCAACAGACAAUGAAGACAAAGUUAAUAAGCUACUCAUUGCUUGGUGACAUUGUACGGUUUGCGUCCAAGAAUUUGGGCAUUAAUGAAAUUAUUAAAGUGAAACAAAUAGCCGUGUCUCUACAAGCGGACGAUAUCCCUUUCAGGCUACAGUUGAUAAAGGCAUACACAGCCUUGGGGUUUUAUCAGAAGGCAGACGAAGAAAUAACCACGGCCCACCAAAUGUCCGACAUACCGUUCAGUCUGCCACAUGUCUGUGCCGUGCAAGUCCGCAACUGCUUCUUCUGGUACCAGCGGGCCCAGUCGACCGAGAGAAAGAGGCUCUUGGUCGAUAACAUAAAGUUCAUUGUCGCCCGUUUGUAUGAUGGAACCUUAGCAAACAGUGGGAAAGGCCAUUUGAUAGCCGAACUAAUUCGAUACUACGUCUAUCGUGGACCUUUAGCCAAUGCCACCAGUCUAUUGGAACUUGCCAAACGUCUUGAAGUCGUCCACGAGAAGCACUAUCUUCCCUUGUUGAAGCAUUAUUCGUCCCAGGACGAGAUGGAGUCCCAGCAACAGGUGUUGGCGCUCUAUAAGGACAUGGCCGUCAACCGGAUCAAUGCCGGAGCAAAGACUUAUGUUUCGCUAAUGAAGGCCUUGAACUACUUGGACGGAAGAGUAGGCAACUUUGACAGAUCCCAGGAACUACUUCGGACCAUCUUUGAUACCUAUGGAUUAUCUGUUAAUUCUCCAACAGUCAAGGAUGCAGUCUCGUUCGACAGUGUCUUUAAUGAUGCCAGUGAAUUGUGCUCCAUCGUGUCGCUCUACGUCAUGUCACGACACCCAUCACCCAACGAAGUGUUGUUCAACUUCUUGGAGCAAAUGAAGCAAAUCUUGAAAGACAAAAUCACCAACGAUUUCCGUUACUUGGUGGCCUUGGACAUGGCCCAGUUGUAUUACCAACAGGGUAACAUUUCGUUUGCUAUUAUGUUGGCGAAGAACACGGUCGGAGAAAUGAACGAAGUGUUUGAUAAGUACUGGCACAGCUAUUGUGUGUCGGGGUUACCCAUUUCGGACUUUAGAUACCCAAAACAGUUGACGCAGAUUUACCAGAAACUUACCAAGCUUUUGUUUGCAAACACCAGCGAUGAAGAGAUUGAGAGCUAUUACCAUGAAGCGGAACAACAUCAUGCCCUACUUCUGGGUACACAGUAUAAUUCUGUCAUGAGAUGUCUUUUAGAUAGAGGCGGACUUAAGGAAGCACUUGAGAUUAGUGAGCGACAUUUAAUUUCGGGAAAUUUGGUUGAAAGGAAAUUAUACGAAAGACUACAAUACUAUUGGAAAUUAUUCAUUCUUCAUCAGUUCCAAGCAAAAGGUGUGCCUGCUACCUUGACAGAAUAUGCCAUACUUAAUGAAUUUUACGAUAUUCGGAAUCCUAAAGAAUUAAUGUCUGAACUUCGUCACAUCAAGGAACCUCUUAAAGCAUUACAAAAAUUUAUUGAUAAGGAGGGUGUUCCUUAUAAAAAGAACUUGAAGAUAACCGGAUUAUUAAAGUUAAUCCCCCAAGUAUUUAAUCCAGAGUACAGAAUUUUUUCCGACAAAAAAAUCCACCAGCACAUAAUUAACCAAUUAAGAAAGGCCCUUAACCAGUACAUUGGCAAAGAUACAAACAAAGCAUUCCAACUAAUGGACGACUACGAAAGUACCCUCAUGUUCCUCAUAGAAGAGAAAGGGAUGGGAACAAAAAUGUGGAAGUUCAGAAAGGAAAUUGAUCAGAUAUUAAAACCGCAAGGAGGAACCCACGAAACACUUGUACAGAGAAGAAAGAGAACCAUAGAAGCAUUGACUCUUGCACAUAAUAAUAGUCAAAAUAAAACAUUCUUGUAA